GCAUAUAACCCGUAUAUAGAGAUAAUUGAACAACCCAGACAGAGGGGAAUGCGUUUUAGAUACAAAUGUGAAGGGCGAUCAGCAGGCAGCAUUCCAGGGGAGCACAGCACAGACAACAACCGAACAUACCCUUCUAUCCAGGUAAUAGACCCUUCUUCUGUGUCUGUCUCUAUUAGUUGCCUCAUAGAUCAGCUAUAGCAAUUAUUUUUAAGGGCCAGUUUCUUCACAGUUAUAUCCACAGUUUUGUCUUUUUAUUUUUUCCUCUUUUCCUUUUCUUUUCUUUUUUUUUUUGAGACGGAGUUUCACUGUUGUUUCCCAGACGGGAGUGCAAUGGCGUGAUCUUGGCUCACCGCAACCUCCGCCUUCUGGGUUCAAGCAAUUCUCCUGCCUCAGCCUCCCAAGUAGCUGGGACUAUAGGCGCGCACCACCAUGCCCAGCUAAUUUUUGUAUUUUCAAUAGAGACGGGGUUUCACCUUGUUGACCAGGAUGGUCUCGAUCUCUUGACCUCGUGAUCAACCCGCCUCGGCCUUCCAAAGUGCUGGGAUUAUAGGUGUGAGCCACCAUGCCCGGCCCCUCUUUCACUUUUUUAACAGAUCUAUAUUAGAUAGAUGUCUAAGGACAUUUCUUAAAUAUAGUAUGGAGUCUUUCCCACUGCAGAUAGUUAUAUGGUGCUUGUGUAUUAACCUAAGUAGAGCGACUCAUAAUGUUUAGUGUACAUUGACAGCUUUUGUAUCAUGUUCUCUUUCAUGGAACACACAGCUAAUAAGGAAAACACAUUCUCUCCUUACAGAGGUGAGUGAUAUUAUUCUGUAGAUUAAACAUGGAUUUGAGAACUCAAUCACAAUUCUUCUUGGCUAGUCUUAGGACUAGAACAUCUUUUUCUUCUUUUUCCUUACCUUUAUUGCCUGUCUCUGAUUCUCUGACUCGUUGACUGAUUUGAAAUAACACUUUUUAAAUAUGGUUUUUUUUGUAUUAGCAUAAAUUUUGAAAAACUUUUGACUUUGGUAAACAUACUAAUAGUUAUAAGAUGUACUAGAUUUAUUUAUUUUUAUUUAUUGAAACAGUUUCGCUCUUGUUGCCCAGGCUGGAAUGCAAUGGCAUGAUCUCGGCUCACUGCAACCUCUGCCUCCUGGGUUCAAGUGAUUCUCCUGCCUCAGCCUAACGAGUAGCUGAGAUUCCAGGCACCCACUACCAUGCCCAGCUGAUUUUUGUAUUUUUUGGGAGAGUCGGGGUUUCACCAUGUUGGCCAGGCUGAUCUCGAACUCCUGACCUCAGUUGAUCUACCCGUCUAGGCCUCCCAAAGUGCUUGGAUUACAGGCGUGAUGUACUAAAUUUAUAUUUUCUAUUUGUCAGCUAUUUUUUUAUUUGACUUUCAGUGAAGGGUUUAUCCUUUAAAUGCCAAUUAAAAACUUUAAUGGCAAAGUAGAUUUUGAAGUGUUACUUUUAUCAACAGAUCUUAAUUCACUGUUUUAUAAGUAGAUUAUUUACAAAGUCUAUUCUUUUGAUGAACUUAAAGGGAAUUGCUAAUUAUAGAAUAAACUAAUGGCAAGAUUAUAUAUUGAAUUCCAGAUUCCUAUUUUUAUCACAUUUUAGGCAGUAAUAUGGAUUUGGGUUAUCUAAGUAUUUUAAAUGUUAAAAUGGAUGAGGUGCUAAUAAAAAGGAAAUAAGGAAAUACUAUUUGUCCAAUUUUGGAGCCAUUUUUAAACUAUAAUUCAUCUUAUCCUAUGCAUCUCUAAAAUAUUUCUAAGAUCUGUAUUUUUACAAUUCCAGUAGGUCCUGAACACUUUGCAGCUUGAGUUUUGUAUUUGCCUCCUUAGAGUCUUGAGCAAUUACCUUCUCUUUCAUCCAGAAAGAAAUGUAAUACCUUCUGGUUACUGUUCAAAUUCUAUUUAAAUUCAAAAUUACAGAUUUUAGUGGCCGCUACCUGAUUAUGAACUAUUAUGGAAAAGGAAAAGUGAGAAUUACAUUAGUAACGAAGAAUGACCCAUAUAAACCUCAUCCUCAUGAUUUAGUUGGAAAAGACUGCAGAGACGGCUACUAUGAAGCAGAAUUUGGGCAAGAACGCAGACCUUUGUUUUUCCAAAAUUUGGGUAUUCGAUGUGUAAAGAAAAAAGAAGUAAAAGAAGCUGUUAUUUCAAGAAUAAAGGCAGGAAUCAAUCCAUUCAAUGUGCCUGAAAAACAGCUGAUUGAUAUUGAAGAUUGUGAUCUCAAUGUGGUGAGAUUAUGUUUUCAAGUUUUCCUCCCUGAUGAACAUGGUAAUUUGACAACUGCUCUUCCUCCUGUUGUCUCGAACCCAAUUUAUGACAACCGUGCUCCAAAUACUGCAGAAUUAAGGAUUUGUCGUGUAAACAAGAAUUGUGGAAGUGUCAGAGGAGGAGAUGAAAUAUUUCUACUUUGUGACAAAGUUCAGAAAGAUGACAUAGAAGUUCGUUUUGUGUUGAAUGAUUGGGAAGCAAAAGGCAUCUUUUCACAAGCUGAUGUACACCGUCAAGUAGCCAUUGUUUUUAAAACCCCACCGUAUUGCAAAGCUAUCACAGAACCUGUAACAGUAAAAAUGCAGUUGCGGAGACCUUCUGACCAGGAAGUUAGUGAAUCUAUGGAUUUUAGAUAUCUGCCAGAUGAAAAGGAUACUUACGGCAAUAAAUCAAAGAAACAAAAGACAACUCUGCUUUUUCAGAAAUUGUGGCAGGAUCAUGUUAAUUUUCCUGAGAGACCAAGACCUGGUCCCCUUGGAUCAAUAGGAGAAGGAAGAUACAUCAAAAAAGAACCAAACUUGUUUUCUCAUGGUGCAGUUGCGACAGAAAUGUCCAGACCUACAGGGAUUUCAAAUCAAGGAGAAUCCUACUAUCUCUCACUUGGGCACAUCUCAAGUGGAUUGUCACGUCAUGCCUCAAUGCCACCUCCGCCUUCUUCAAGCUGGUCAUCAGUGGCCCACCCCACCUCACGCUUAGUCAAUACAAAUCCACUGAGCAGUUUUUCAACAGGGACACUUCCUUCUAAUUCACAAGGUAUCCCACCAUUCCUGGGAAUACCUGUUGAGAAUGAUUUAAAUGUUUCUAAUGCUUGCAUUUAUAACAAUGCUGACGACAUAGUCGGAAUGGAAGCGUCAUCCAUGCCACCAGCCGAUUUAUAUGGUAUUUCUGAUCCCAACAUGCUGUCAAAUUGUUCUGUGAAUAUGAUGACCACCAGCAAUGAUAGCAUGGGAGAGACUGAUAAUCCAAGACUUCUGAGCAUGAAUCUUGAAAACCCCUCAUGUAAUUCAGUGUUAGACCCAAGAGACUUGAGACAGCUCCACCAGAUGUCCUCUUCCAAUAUGUCAGCAGGUGCCAAUUCCAAUACUGCUGUUUUUGUUUCACAGUCAGAUGCAUUUGAGGGAUCUGACUUCAAUUGUGCAGAUAACAGCAUGAUGAAUGAGUCAGGACCAUCAAACAGUACCAAUCCAGACAGUCAUAGUUUUGUUCAAGGUAGUCAGUAUUCAGGUAUUGGCAGUAUGCAAAAUGAGCAGUUGAGUGACUCCUUUCCAUAUGAAUUUUUUCAAGUAUAACUUGCAAGAUUUAAAUCAUUUUAAGUCUUGGUAUCACCUGUGUAGGUGCAGCAUUUUGUAUUUGUCUGACUGGGAAUAUAGUACUGUAUUUGAGAAUAUAAAAAAAACUUUUUUCAGGGAAGAAGCAUGCAACUUUGGACGUAGUGAACACAAAAUUGGAAGCUGUCAUAGAAAGACAACUCAGAGGCUGGGCAUAGGAACUUACACCUGUAAUACUAGCACUUUGGGAGGCCUAGGCGGCUGGAUCACUUGAGGCCAGGAGUUCAAGCCCAGCCUGGCCAACAUGGUGAAACCCCGUCUCUACUAAAAAUGCAAAAAUUAGGUGGGCAUGGUGGUGCACACCUGCACUCCCAGCUACCUGGGAGGCUGAGGCACAAGAAUUGCUUGGACCCAGGAGGCGGAGGUUGCAGUGAGCUGAGAUCUCACUACUGCACUCCAGCCUGAGUGACAGAGUAAGACUCCAUCUCAAAAAAAAUGCUUUUAUGCUUUUUUAUAUUUCUUUUUAUAAUGUUUUAAUGUAUUCUUAAAUUUCAAGUAAAUUUAAGAUAAAACUUGUAAUGGCUAUGCCAUUGAAAAACUUAAUUUCUUAUUUUUGAGGCCCAUGGGCCAAGGUAACCCCUAAGGGGUUUUCUUAGGCUUCUUGGAGUUUCUUAGGUUUGUAUGUGUAUCAAAAUGUCUUUAGUGUUACGUUGGGCAGAAGUGAGCUUUUAAGGUAUGGGAGGUUUUCUACAUUUUAUACUAUUUCAAUCUAUGCCUUUAAAGUUACUUAUACUUUUAGCUUUACACUCAUAUUUUUUAAGGGGAAAAAGUUUCCUUGGACCAUUCUCCUUAAAUGUCCUCACUCCUUGUGAUCUCAUAAAACUGCCUAUUUGAUAUCUCUAUCUAGAAAUUGAAUUAAAGCUCACACUCACCAUAUCCAAAACUGAAUUCUUGGUCUUCCCUCCCAAACUUGCUUCUCCUUCAGUCUUCCCCAACUCAGUAAAUGGCAAUGCCAUGCUUCUAGUUGCUCAGGCCAAAAAUCCUGGAGUCAUCCUUUGUUCUUCUUUUAGCUCCCAUAUCCAAUCCAUUAGCAAAUCUAGUAGACCCUACCUUCACAACGUAGCUAAAGCUGACCCCCUCUUUUGACCUCUGCUAUUAACACCCUUUUCCAAGCCACCAUUUCUUCCCUGGAUUGAAGGUAUCAUCUACAAAACUUCUCCUUAUAUCCUUGAAUCCCUACAGUCUGUUUAAAUUAGCCAGAGUGAUUAUUUUAAAAAUAAGUCAAUUCAUUCCAUUCAUCUGCUCAAAACCAUCCAGUGGCUUCUUAUCUUAGAGCAGUCAAAGUCCUUAAAAGUAGCAGGCCUAGACUCCCUGUCCUACCUCAGGUUCUGCCAUUUCAUCCUUAUACAGCUCCAGGCACCUUGACCUCAGUGCUCCCCUUCAAAGCAUCAAGUAUGCACCUGCCCUGGACCCUGGUACUUGGUAUUCCCUCUCCCUUGAAUGUUCUCUCACAGAAAAAUGCAUAGUUCAUUCUUUUACAUCCUUCAGGUGUUGCUCCACUGUUACCUGAGCAAGGUCUUCCUUGACUCUAUAUGCAUCAGCAUUCUCUGUCCCCCCUGCUUUAUGUAUGUCCAUAGCACUUACCAUGAUCUGACCUUACUAAGCAUUUAUUUGUUUAUUGUUUGUUUUCCUAUACCGGAAUAUAAGCUUUCUAAGGACAGCAAUUUUUGUGCUUUAUUGUUGAAUCUCCAAUUUGUAGGAAAAUGCCUGCCUUAUAUUAAACACUCAGUAAAUAUUUAUUGAACAUUAAAAGUAUUACUAAUAGAACUUUGGUUUUUGAAAGAAAUAUUAACUGUAAUUAUAAGACGUAUAUCAUUUUUGCAGUUUUACUUAGUGUGACAUUGGGUUUAUGAGAAUCAUGUACAUUCAAGUCCAGGAAUAAUAAUGGUCAUCCAAAUUGUUUGAAAGCAAAAUAAUCCCAGUGGCAAAAUGAUGGUAGAAUUUGGGUAGUCUUUUUUUUCCUUUUAUGAAAAGAACUCUUAUGGAAGGUAAAACAUCUGUUCAUUGAAAAUCUCUAAAUCCACAUUUUGACAUUGUCGGGCUCAUUGCAACUUCUGGAUUGAGUAACAUUUACAACAAGAUUUACAAAAGAGACUCUUCACAUAUUCAUUUGGCUUGUCUCAUAUGGUGAGCUGAGUGCUGGGUAAUCUCUGCUGGCCCUUUAAUCAGAUUAAAAAUUCUCAGUGUUUCCUAGUUGUUUCUACAUACUUACCUAAGUUGUUGUAGCUGUAACUUACACUUUAUUUGCUGUUUUUCUUUCCUGACUUGGUAAUUCUGGCAUUUAGAAACCUUUUACCUGUGCUUCAAAGCAUAGUUACAUACAUUUUAGUAACUAUUUUAGUAGUUUCAUUUGCUAUAAAAUUAUUUAUUUUGCCCUUUUAUUUCCCAAAGACAUUGUAAGGGUUAAUUAGAUCAUUAUAUUUUAUUAUUACAGAUUAAAGUUGGGCAGUAAUCUUAAUUGUGAUGGAAUUAUUAUGUUAAGUAAUUAACUUAUUAAAGACCUAGUUUGUUUUACAACUAGAACCUGUGCUAAAUGUUGAGUAUGUUCCUAGCAAGAAACAGUCUGUCAACACGAUGUCUAACCAAACCAUAACUUUCCAUACACUAGUCAUUUCAGUCAAAUUGGGGAAUGUGUGAAUGCCAUGCAAACAAAAAUUCUGUUAACUGAUACUGGGAAAUAGGGAAGAGAGCAAGAUAAGACUUGGGGUCAGGAUGGUUCAGGAAGGAAAAAAAGAAUUAGAAACCCUAACUGAUUACCAUUAAUAUUCCUCAUAAAUUAUGAUUUCAAAAGUAAGUAUUGCUGUCUUAUAAAUUUUUCAUGAGCAGCAGUGAUGAACUCUCACAAGAAUCAUAGAAUUCAAUAAAAAGAUAGAAAAUAAUUUUUUAUUUAAAAAUAUAAAUUAAAUUUUUAAAAUCAUAAUCACAUAAAUAGAACUUACCAGGGAGAAAAAAAAAACCUGAAGGCACAAUUUCUUUCCUGUUUAAAAUAUGAACCCAGGAUGUCUCCACAUGGUGAUGGACAGGUGGGGAGGUUUUUUAAAUACGGAAUCUCAUAGUUUUGUGUUCAUUAGCACCAGUUAGUUUAAACACUGACUGUUAGAAUAGCUACAUGGAUUUUUUUUUAAAGCUAAAUAAGUGUUGGCUAGUUUUGCAGUUUGGCUAGUUGGCUAGUCUUCCCUGUGUAAGCAGAAUUAAGAUUCUGCUACAUCUGUGUUUAGAAUCUUCCCAAUGGAUUUUACAUUUUUCAGGUGCUACUUUUUGAUCAAAGACUGUAAAAUGAAUUUGACAGCAUUUCUCCUCUAUCUCCACAUGUAUUUAUUCUUUCACCUGCUCUUUUAACACCUGCUUUUAGUUUCUGAGGCAUUUUUCUGAACUCUACUUGUGCACUGAAUUCCUCCUCCUUUCUCUCCCAGCCUGUGUUUACUUUAUCCUCACAUUAUCACUUAGUGCUUUCUUUCUUUGUAUGAACAUGGUAAAUGUCUUCAUUAGACUAAAAGGAAAGACCAAAAAAAAACCUUUCCAACCACCUGUAUGACACUUGACUUUGCAUCCUGACUUCUGAAAUGCCUCCAACCUCCAUUUUCUCCCUUCCCAGUCAUUCGUUAGCCCAGCGAUCUCUGUCUUUAACUCCUACAAUGUUCUUAAGAUAUUCUGUUAAAGAUGAGCCGAGACUGCCCUCCUUGUCAAAUCUCAUGUCUUUUUAUCAGUCCUCACAUUGCUUGACCUACUGAUAACCUCCUAGACUUCCCUCUUUGGACACUCCUCUGGGUGUUCUGUGGUAGACAAGAUUCCUCUCUGAGACUUAUUUCCCAAGAAUCUCGACCCCUCUCCUCAGUUGGUGCUAUUUUUCCCCCCGGAUGAUCUUAUCAGAGCCCACAGCUUCAGUUUUCACUCAUGCCACCUGAAUGCCCUGAUAAACUGGCUCUCUGUCUUGCAUUCUUUACCUUCCUUAUAAUGGCAUUACCAUUUACCAUGCCACUCAAGAUACUAGGAACCUCAAAGUGUUGUAGUCUUUUUCUCCAUCAUUCAUAAUUAAUCAUUAAGUCCUUUUGAGCUUGCUUCCUCUUGCUGCUUUCUUAGUAAAGGCCUUCAUUCUUUUUCCCUAGUAAUAAUCUUUUCCAUAUGUUCCAGUUAAAAUACCAUGUUCACCCUAAGCCUUAUUACAUAGUUAGCAUUCCUUGAAAGAAAACAAUUCUCUCAGGCCUUCAUACCUUUAACAUGUUACCCACUCUGCCUCUGCUCUUCUGCAACUAGAACACUCAUCCUUGAAGACUGGGCUUCUCUAUGAAGCUUGGUCCUGCCUCCCAGGUUGAGGCGAAGCUUUGUACAUGCCUGUAUUAUGGAUAUCCUCUCAUUUAAGUGUUUGUCUCAUUCGUCUUUAGGACUCCAGCACCCAGCAUAGUCCCCAGUAUACUAGAUGGUGCUGAAUAAGUGGUAGCUAUUAUUAGAGAAGGAUGGAUAAAAUUACUGAAUAAAUGUUAGCUAUUACUAGAGGAGGAAGGAUGAAAUUGACAUAGGGGUGAUUAUUACAAUGUAUAUGGAAAUGGUUUUUAAAGGAAAAGGUAAUGAUUUUCUGUCAGGAAAAGCAGCAAUGCCUAGAUUACUUAAGUCUUGUGAAAUAUACCUCUGUUCCUUGACCUGCCACUUCCCUUUUUAACACACACACACGCCCCACAGCCCUUUGAGAUUGAAAGCAGCUCUAUUGAGAAUACUAGUGUCAACUGUAUUAUGUAGAAAUUUUAAAGUUUUUAGGAUUAUUUCAUAGCCCUGACCUUGCUACUUCUCUCCACUUUAUGUGGCAGGUUUAAUCUCAAGUCUCCCUCAUAUAGUUCUCAGCCUCAGCACCUAACCCUUAUACAGACACUCCAGUAUUGAUGUAAUCAAUCUUAAUAAUCACAUUUUUUGAAUGUCUAAUGUGCAAAGCACCAUGUUGAAAAUGAUACAGAGGUGAAUAAGACAAAAACUCUUGCUCUCAAAGAUGUCAGUCUUUUUCUUUGCGAGGAUAAUACAUGUAAAGUAAAAUGCAUAAAGUGGACUAAUUUUAAAUGUACAGCCUAAUGAAUUUUUAUUUAUGUUAACACCUAUGUCACCACCAUGUUUAGGACAUUUCCAGUACCCCAGAAAUUUCCUUUAUGACCCUUCCCAAUCUGUACCUAUACCUUUAAAUCUAUUCUGUUUUCAAUCUUAAUGACCUUUUAAAUAACUGGGCCUCACAACUAUAGUGAACAGAAACAGCUGGGUUGUUGUCUUCUAACCUAAUACUUCAGGAAAACUCAUGAUAGUUCCAUUUUAAGAGUUCUUGGAGCUGGGCAUUGGGCAUGGUGGCUUAUGCCUGUAAUCUCAGCACUGUGGGAGGCCAAGGUGGAAGGAUUGCUUGAGCCCAGGAGUUCAGCCAGCCUGGAUAAUAUAAGAAGAACCUGUCUCUGCAAAAAAUAAAAAAAAAUGGCCAGGCAUGGUGAAAUGUGCUGAUGGUCCCAGCUAUUAGGGAGGCUGAGGUGGGAGAAUUCUUUGAGCCCAGGAGGUUGAGGCUGUAGUGAGCAGUGAUUGCACCACUGUGCUCCAGCCUAGGCAAGACUGGAAUUGGUGAUCCAGGCUGCCUAGUACCCUCAAAUAAUUUGUUAUUAUCUUUAGUUGAUUUACUGAGGGAUCAUCAUGUACUAUUAAAUAGCCUGGAGAAAUGGAAAGAAUAGGAACUUUUUAGUCAGGUAAUACCCAGCCUACUACCUCACAGGUUGUGUUGGGCUAAAUAAAAUGGUACAUAAGAAGAAACACUGUAAAUUAUGUAGUGCUAAUCGUAUUGUUAAUAAACCAAUAUGUGUAUAUUCUGUGGCCCUGAUUAAUCUUUAAUUCAGACACUCCUAGUUAUCUAGUACAGAGCAGACUGAAAAAAAUUAUGGAUUCAAUUCUUUAGUAAGAAACCUGAGACGGAUUUCUCAUUAGAAUAACUAGUUAUUGCCCAGAUCUAAAGAGCCUUAUUUUGGCCUUAUUUUUACAGAACCAUUUCCUGUUGAUUAGUGAAGGUAUGGCCAAUUUUAAUAACUUUAGUUCUGAAAUUUUGUGACUCCUAAUUUAUUUGUAAAAGUUGGUUAUGAAUUGAGAAUGGUUUGACUUUUCCUAAAAGUGAAUCUGAGCUAAUUAAGUUAACCACUGAAAGGUUUCUCAUCUGUUUUGUUUUCAGACAUUGACUAUGAAAGGGGAAAAAUUAGAAUGCUUUUUGUAUCACAUGUAACAGGAAAUGUAUCAUUUAUUAUAAGCCCAGAAAUAGGUGACUAAUCAGAGAUAAAUGUAUGGGUUGUCUGUAUCUAGUUUUAUACCUUUUUUUGUCUAAGACACAGUCAAAUUAAUAUUUUAACUAAUACAUCUUAGCAAAGUUUAGUUCAGCACAAGGUUAACAGUGGGUAGGAUAGAGUUUUGAAAGUAAUCAUGUCUGUAAUAUUUUUCAUGCAUGCAAAAAGCACAGACAAAAACCACUCAUGCCCUAUUAAUAAACAAAAUACAGAUCAAAAUUUUAAAAAGUAAUCACUCUGUUUAUUCUAAAUGUCUAUGGCUUUAGGAAAAAUAGCACCUGCUAGUACUUAUCUAUUUAAAGAUGUAGAAUUUAUCAUCCUACAUCUUUAUCACUUAUCACUUGUUUCUACAACUUUAGUUUACAACUGAACUUUCAAAAAUUUAAAGAUUUACAAAGUAAAAUUAAUUAGACACCUGUGUGUGAAUAGUAAUACACAGUAGUUAGUACAGAAUGUUACUUCUUCAACAAGUUGAGUUUUCAGGGAAAUUAGCCAGUAAAUAAAAUACAAAUUUUUGGUAAAAGUAUCAAACAUUCCUCUUGCCCACUUUUCCUCUUAAACUGAAUAUUAUCUAAUCAAAACAUAGUUUUCCAUAAGAUGUAACAAAAUAUAGAUAAGGUUGGAAUAUUUGGGGAUCCAUUUGUGGAACUGAAUUUCAUGAGACUUCAUUGGUGAUACACUCGAUUUUUACUGGGUAAUUAGCUGAUAAUGUUGUUCACUGUUGCCCAGUUCAGGUAGCUUUAAGAUGAUGUGGUAAGGAAAACAAAGCUUUUGGAUAAUGAGCAUUCUUAAAAGCACGGUUUGGACCAGGUGAACCCUUUAGAAGUGAACUCUGUUUUACAAGUAUGUACUUAAAAUACCUUUGGCUGUGAUGAAUCUAGAUCCCAGCAGAAUACCAAAAUUCUAUUUUUUUGGCUGAAUAUUUGUAUUUGCUUAAUGACUGAAAUGAAUUUGGAGGCACUGAUGAAAGUGAUUUUUUAAAGUUCUCAGGUACUGUUCAAUUAUUUAAUGUUAGGUUUAGUAUCAAGAAGCAUUGUUUUUAAAAUGCCAAUAUGCCAUCUAUUAUAGAGAAUAUUUUAUUACCUUUGUAAUAUCUUUGUAUAAAGUGAUUUUUUUCUUGGUAAUAUAAUAAAUGGAAAAAAUUGUAAAACA